AUGUACUCGAAAUCCCCCAAACCCCCAGCUCAAUUCAGCGACUUUAUGGCAAAGGACAAAGUUGUGAUAGUAGGAUCUGGCACGUUUGGAUUGAGUACUGCCGUUGCACUGCAAAAGAGGGGAUAUGCUGUUACAGUGCUAGAUCGUUGUCAGAUUCCGGCUGAGGAUGGUGCUUCGACUGACAUUAGCAAAGUGAUUAGAGCGGAUUAUGGUGAAGACAUCCACUAUCAGAACCUCGGAAUGCAGGCCAUCAAUGAAUGGUUGAAAUGGCAUCAAGACUCCAUGGAAAGAUACAACAUUCCGUUAUUCGACCAAUGUGGAGCACUCUUUCUAUCGGAUAGUUUAGAUACGCAUAGUACUUCUACCAUCCGGAAUUUCACGAAAGCUGGAUAUGGGGAUACGAUAGAGGUCAUCACCAACGAGAACAAGGAUCAGUUUGUAACGAGAUACCCGGGUGUCGCGAGUGCAUUUGCUCAUUUGCAAGGUGGCUAUCUGUCAAAACGAGCUGGUUGGGCAUAUGCUGCAUCUGCUAUGUCGUACCUAUUAGGGAAAGCUAAAGAGUUGGGUGUUGUCUUUCACGAAGGGAUUUCCGGCACGUUUUCUUCGUUUAUAGAAGAGAAUGGAACCACUGUUGGAGUAAUUACACGAGAUGAGAUACAGCAUUUUGGACGUAUUAUAGUAACUGCUGGAUCAUGGACACCGUCUAUACUACCCGAAGUCUCUGAUAUGGGUGUUGUCGCGUCGGGACAAGCUGUAAUUCAUUUACGAGUACCAGAGCAUUUACGUGAAAAGUAUAUGUCAAAGAACUUUCCUGUAUGGCUUACGAAUAUCGCUCAAGAUGUGGUGGAUUUCGUGGACAUGAGUGGUUUCUAUGGAUUCCCGGUGAAUGAGGAGGGUAUCAUGAAGAUCGCACAUCAUGGCCCUGGAUACACCAACCUCUUAAAACCACCAUAUUCUCAUACCACCACAUCUGUAUCAAUCCCUCAAACCUCUGUAACGCAUCCCACCCAAACUAUCCCACUAAGCUCUGUGACAAUGUUUAGGGCCUUCCUGCAGAAAUACCUGCCCGAGCUAAACACCUUUGAUAUUGUCAAUACCCGUCUAUGCUGGUAUACCGACUCUUUUGAUGGAAACUUUCUAGUGGAUUAUAUACCUACACGACCUGGUGUCAUGGUCGCCACUGCUGGAUCUGGACAUGCGUUCAAGUUUACGCCUGUCUUGGGAGAUGUCAUAGCUGAUAUAUUUGAAAGGAAUGCAGCCUCUGCCGUGUAUAGAGAUGUAUUUAGAUGGAGGACUGCGAAGAAGGCUGGAGUAGAGCUUCAGGGAGAGGAAGGGCGGGUUGUGAAAGCGGCUCGAGGACGAGAAGAACUUCAAGCUCAUCGAAUGGCGCGUCGUGAUGAGCUUUUAGCUGGUAAAUUAUAA